AGAUAAAAUGUUUGCUGUUAAGAAUUUGAUGACUAGGUCUGGGAAUCUGUCUAGUCUUGCUGUAGCUGGAACCAGGCAAAUGCACAAACUGCCCGACCUGCCAUACGAUUACAAUGCGCUAGAGCCGGUCAUCUCUGCUGAAAUCAUGCAGAUUCAUCACAGCAAGCAUCAUGCUACAUAUGUAACUAACCUAAAUGUUGUUGAGGAGAAGUUAGCUGAUGCUGUUGCUAAAAAUGAUGUAUCGGCUGUCAUUGGUUUACACGGAGCUUUAAAGUUCAAUGGAGGAGGACAUCUUAACCAUUCAAUCUUCUGGCAGAACCUUUGCCCUGGAGGUAGCGGUGAACCUACAGGAGAUCUGGCUGCAGCCAUUAAUAGAGAUUUCGGUAGUAUUCAAGCUAUGAAGGAUAAACUCUCAUCUUCAACUGUAGCUGUACAGGGAUCUGGUUGGGGUUGGCUAGGGUAUAACAAGACUGCUGGAAAGCUUGAGAUUGCUACCUGUGCUAACCAGGAUCCUCUAGAAGCUACUACUGGUUUAGUUCCACUCUUUGGAAUAGAUGUUUGGGAGCACGCAUACUAUCUUCAAUAUAAGAAUGUUCGCCCUGAUUAUGUGAAAGCUAUUUAUCAGAUUGCUAACUGGAAUGAUGUUGCUGCUCGUCUUGCUGCGGCUACUGCUGGAAAAUAGAUUAAUCUAUAUUUUAUCCAGAAUAUAAUCUAGUAUUUGAAAUUAUAUUUGUUUGAAAAAUAAACAUUUCCUAUAAAU